AUGGGCUGGUUCUCUGACGACUCUCCCCAGUCCGACUCGUACCAGCAGUACAACGAGGGCGGCGUUAACCGCGAGCACGAGGCCUCCUUCGCCCACGAGCUCAUCGCCGGCGCUGCCUCCUACGAGGCCGCCAAGGCCUACGAGCAGCACUGCGACCGCAACGGCCAGCCCCAGAGCCACGAGAAGGCCAAGGAGAUCAUGGCCGGUUUCGCUGGUGCCUUCAUCGACCGUGAGGUCGAGACCCGCGGUCUGGACUUCAUUGACCGUGAGCGCGCUAAGCGUCAGGCCGAGCAGCACAUUGAGCAGGUCGAUGAGAGCCGGUUCAACUACUAA